UCCUACAAAUAUGUCAAUCCCUGCAGACUCACCAUGAAGAGGGGGCGCAUCAGCCUAUCGCCAGCCUUACGCUGAUGAGCUUUUGGGAGUUGAAGCUUUGGUGAGCCAAGUUUACUACAUGAAUAGUGGUCCUGCGGCAAAUCUAGUUGUUGAUGAUAUCAUUUACAGAAGCAGUGACGAUGAGCUAGACGUGAGGUCACGUGUUUCGUUGGGACUUAACUCCAUAUCGAGAAGUGUUUCGUGAUGGGUUUGAAGCAAGGCGUGAAGGUAACACCAAUGCGACCAUUUACUUCAAUUUGUAUCACUUUGUUCAUUUUGCUGGUAGGCCUCUUGAAAUAGCUAGGCCUGCAAAACAUGCUUUCAUUAGCACCACACUUAACAGUUCAUGGCGUCCAAGUCCAAGCCUCCAAGCUGGACAAUCCAUGUGGGUCUAUCGUUACGAGAUCUAUGCUCCUGGUGGUAUUUGGGUUACUCAAAUCCUAGGUGAUCCACAUCAAUACCCUCUUCAAGACGAAGUUACCUUUAUUGGUGCCAUUGUACCUCAAUACAUUCGCUCUGCUCAAUCAUACAUUAUCACACAGCCAUUUGGAUCACGCUUUUUUGUUGUGUGUAGGUAUCAAAUAGUUGAGAGAGAAGAUGACAGACUAUAUAUGAAUCGCUACUUUAAUCCACAGUCGCAUCCAGAGAGGGAGCUUCGUAUACGGAGGCCUAUAUCUAAGUACAAAACUCCUGAUGGUCAAUAUAAGGACCUGACAAAGGUUGAGGUUGAUCCAUUUGAUGAUGAGAGCAGAGCGAACAGGCAAGUCUCGAGGGAUGCAUAUGAUUGGUAUGCAAAUCGUGUGGAAGAUAUAGAUAGCUACAUCAAUGCUGCAUUCCGUGCACGUAGUACCAAUGAAGCCUAUUUAUUCAUGAAAAAUGAUUAUGUGCUGGUGAAUUAUGCUCCGGGAUCAACAAAUGACAGGAUUAUCAAUGGUCCACUUUUGAUUUGUGAUGGCUACCAUUCUCUUGUUGGUACAGCAUUUGGUGAACACGGAAUAGACUGUGCAUUUGACACUGAUGGCACUGAAGCAUUCAUAUUCUCUGGGAAGCUUUGUGCUUGCAUAAACUAUGCUCCGGGAUCUACAAAUGACAGAAUACUCCAAGGUCCUAUGACAAUCGCUGCCAUGUUUCCCUUCUUCAAGGGUACUGCUUUUGAGAAUAGCAUAGAUGCUGCAUUUAGGGCAACAGCAAGGAAUGAAGCUUACUUAUUCAAAGGCGACCAGUAUGCUCUUAUAAACUACAAUUCUAAGACCCAGAUUGCCAUCCGUCGCAUUAACGAAGGCUUUCAUAGUUUCAUAGGCACUAUAUUUGAAAGUGGAAUAGAAGCAGCUUUUGCAUCUCACAGGACAAACGAAGCAUACAUUUUUAAAGGAGACCAAUAUGCACUUAUCAAUUUUGCCCCAGGUUCAACUAAUGACUAUAUAAUUGGUGGUGUGAAGAAAAUCGUUGAACAUUGGCCCUCUCUUAAGUCAAUACUGCCUUGCAAAAAUCGUGGCCUUGAUCAACAUGAUCAUCCUGAUGAUCAAGCAUGAACAACCCAGGCCAUGACGAGCUUUAAGAAGCCAGCUAGGAACAUACUUAGUAUGGUUUCGCAUUAUGUCUGUUCUGUUAAUAAGCCACAUGUUCUUGGACUGAUGAUGAAGGGAACUCACUCAAACCAUUUUGCAAAGCAUUCCCUCUAUUGUGGUGUUACAAGAUGGAGCUUUGCUCACAGAUUCUUCAACAUCUUCCUCUUGCAAUCAUGCUUGACAGCAAACCUUGUAGGUGGGUUGGUAAUGUUUUACAAGUUUGGUGUAUUUCUCUCUCGGGUCCUUCGGUUUAUUUCUUGUGGCACUACUGCGUCGUAACUUCCCAAUGUUUUUGUGUGUUUGUGGUCGUCUCAUGUUGUCCUUUUUGUUGAUGUUUUCAGAUUUGUACUUCUCAUGUUUGUUUAAUAUAAUGCCUUUGCCCUAUUAUUAAA